UUCGUAAGUAAAUUUUUUGUUACAUUUUUGGGCAAAAUUCGCGUCCAGUCUCCAGUUUUAAAACAAACGCCAUGGCUGACAUAAGCUCGUACAGAGACCAACACUUUAAAGGCUCUCGAGGUGAACUGGACAAGCUAUUGCGUUUGUCGACGACCAUGUACGUUGGAAACUUGGCGUUUUAUACGACAGAGGGACAGAUUUAUGAGCUGUUCUCAAAGUGCGGCGAUAUUAAACGCAUCGUCAUGGGCCUGGAUAAAUUCAAGAAAACGCCCUGUGGAUUUUGCUUCAUUGAGUACUAUACAAGGGAAGAUGCAGAGAAUUGUAUGCGUUUUGUCAAUGGUACCAGAUUGGAUGACCGCAUCAUAAGAACAGACUGGGACGCCGGAUUUGUGGAAGGCAGACAAUAUGGCCGUGGAAAAACUGGUGGCCAAGUGCGGGACGAGUAUAGGACUGAUUAUGACAUCGGCCGAGGUGGAUAUGGCAAAAACGCUCAACCCAAAGCAGACAUGAUAAUAUUCGGAAGAAACAAAGACUCCCUUCCAAUGGAAUAAAGCACAAAUCCAUCAAUUUAUCUUUUUUUUAAAUUUUUUUUUUAUAUCAUGUAAAUUUCCUACCACUUGAUUUUGUAAAUAAAUAAAUAUUUUAUAUGUUGUAGAAGUAUAUUCCAAUCAAACUCAAAUGAUCAUAUUAUGAUCAUGUUAUAUAACAUUGGGAUGUGACAUUUUUAAAUUGCUACGCACAAAUGA